CUGAUCAUCUUUCAACUCUAUUGGCUGCUUAGGGGUGAUAAUGGAUGUUUCUGCCAGAGUAGGGGAUGUUGGUUUCCCUUCCAUGAAAAUAGGGCUUCUCCAAAGACAACUGUGAUAUUGUGUGAGUGCUGUGUCUCUCGUUUAACCACGUUUAACAUGAAGUGUCAUCUCUCUUUAAUAAGACUCUCUGGGUGGGAGAAGCAGUGAGUGGGAAGUAAAAGGAAGAGCGAAAGAACACUUAGGGGCAAACAACCGUAACGAUACUGUGAUUGGAUUGAAUUUCUUGUCUACAUUAGGAUAAAAUUUUGUUAGAAAACUGUGAAACUAUAAAAUUUGAUGCGUAAUUAGGACCCAUAGCACAUACUCUCGAACUAAUAAUAAAGCAAAUUGUGCACCCGGCUUGUUUGACAUGUACUGCAAGUGUGAAUCGGCAUCUCUGAUUUUGCCAGCGUUUCUUGACACGUGUGUGGUUGUGUGAUUGAUUUGUACGUAACUACAUAAAUUGGAACUGAAAGAAAUGGCUGAAUGCCGAGAAGAUAUGGAUGUCCCUGGUAUUGAAGUAAGAGUGAUUGGAGAGCCCAAGGGAAAAGGGUUAUUUGCUGUAAAACCUUUCAAGGCUGGAGAUGUUAUAUUUGAAGAAAGGCCAUUGGUCUGCUGCCAGUUCGCAUGGAAUGCAGAUUACGGAUAUGCAUCUUGUGACUUUUGCAUGAGGCCUCUUGAAGGUGCUGAGGAAAAUGCACAUCGUUUGUCAGGCAAAAAAGAUCUUAUUCUGCCGUAUCCACAGUGUUGUCCCACAAGGAAAGAGAAUCAUUGUGAAUGUGCGUUGUGUGGGGUCAGAUAUUGUUGUGUUCAAUGUAAAGAUGAAGCCUGGGCCCAAUAUCAUCAGGUGUUGUGUUUACGGAAGCGGGAACGAGAUGGUUCUCACAAGUUGGAAAUGUUGGUUGAUGUGUGGAAAAAUUUGCACUAUCCUCCUGAAACUGCUUCAAUUAUGCUUUUGGCUCGUAUUUUGGCCACAGUUCAGCAAGCCCAAGAUAAAGAUGGAGCUGUGCAUUUGUUUAUGCAGUUGUGCCAUCAGACAGUAAAUGAACAAGAAGAAAUAGCCCAUAAGCUUCUCGGUGAACAAUUUGUUGGACAACUCUUUACCCUACGGAAAAUAAUGUCUGAAAUUUUUACUGAUCAAUCAGUGCAGCACUGGUUAACUCCAGAAGGUUUUCAGUCUUUGGUAGCUCUAGUUGGGACAAACGGUCAGGGAGUAGGAACAAGUCCUUUAAGUGAAUGGGUGAAGAAUGUUUCUGCAUUAAAACUCCCUCAACAAGACAAAGAAAACCUUGAUAGAUUUAUAGAUAAGCUUUAUGAUGAUGUUGAAGAAGUCAUGGGUUCUUUCCUAAACAACGAGGGAUCAGCUUUGUAUGCACUGCAGAGUGCCUGCAAUCAUAGUUGUGAACCGAACGCUGCUCCUAAUUUCCCAUAUAGCAAUUUUCAACUUGUUAUGUGUGCAGUCCGUGACAUAGCAGCUGGGGAAGAAAUUUGUGUGAGUUAUUUAGAUGACUGUGCAUUGGGAAGGAGUAGACAUUCAAGACACAAAAUUUUAAGAGAAAAUUAUCUUUUUACCUGCCAUUGUUCAAAAUGUGAGUCCGAAUCUAAUGAAAUAGAUGUUACCAGCGAAGAAGAAGGAGAUGACGGUAAUGAGUCUGAGUCCGAUGAGGAAAUUGAUGAUUGAUGAUUUUUCUAAAACUUGAAUCUUGGAUGUGGUACAAGAUAUAAAAGAAUUUUUCUGUGGUUGUGUAUUCGAUGUUCAUCUGUACUCUUCAUUCUUUGUAUAACACAAUUAAACAUGAUGGAUUAAAAGGUUUGUGUAUGUGAUGUUUUGUUUUUUCUUUGUGAAAAUUAAUGUACUUCCGUUUUCUCAGAAAUAUUGUUCUUGCUCUUCGUAUUUGUGGAUGAGGCGAGUGUUGAUUUUUUUCUGAAAAGUGACCAGCAUGUGUAAGUAGCUUAUUUACGAGUAUAUACCUUUGGUGCCACAAUCAGCUGCUCUGCUGUGACGUCUCGUUAUUUUAGGUGCUAUGUUGAUGUCCCGAGAGCUCCCGCGGUCCUGAACCAGACAGGAUACUACGUCUGCAGGUAGGGAGAACAUGGGUCUAGACACGUGGAAAAAGAAGGUAGAAGCGGAAAGCAGGGUAGACGGGACACGACUGUCGAGUGGAGCGGAUCGCGGAGAGAAAGAUCGCAUUAUGUACGCAGUGAGAUUGUGCGAUUCGGGACUUGUGAUUAACUGAAUUCGCAAUGGGUUGGUCAAGCAGAGCAGUGAGCGACAGGUCACGUCCUCGUGCAAUUUGAUCUCCGACUUGAGUAGAGAUCGCUUCGCCAAUCGGGGCUCGGGACGCGCUGUGGCAAGAACAAGUGAGGAACGGACACGAUAAAGUCGGCUCGCCAGGUGCUUGAGUCGUGAUUAGGCACCCGCUUGUUCUAAUAUUGGUAGCCAGGCGUGUUGCAUUACGCCACCAUAAAGUGAUUACCGUUAUUCAGGAGACGAAGUACCGUGAAUUAUUUAAAACUUGCCUUCUCAAUUAAAGACAGAUCGAUGAAGAGUGCAACAAUGAUUUUGGUGUGGCGUGGACCUGAAAUCGACCGCGCACUGUUAUCUGCCGACGGCGCCCAAGAAUACGGUGAUGUCUUUAGGUAUUAAACCAUGUAAAGGUAAUAAGCAAUUCUUGAAGCGACUUAGGGAAACAAAAGACUCCUCUUGGUCACUCCUAAAUGAACAGGAAAAUUUUAUAACAAUUUAUGAACUGGCGUGGCCGCUCUUUGGCCCUUCAACUUCUUUAUAUUUUUCAACAGCGUAGUUAUAAAUUUAUUUUAUUAUUAACCCAGAUAAUGAGCUCAUAGAAGUUCAUAAUUUUUGUAACUUCCAGUAAUUAGAUUUUUUUAAAUUAACAAGGCUCCAUUUCAUUCCCCUGAAAAAAGGUAUCCGGCAGGACCUGAGCUAGCAGGCACACCAAACAAGCGUCAUCACAAAUAACUGCCUCAAGUAUGGGGGCCAGAUUAAAAUUAAAAUAACCAACUCGACGUCACAAUAUGUCGGAAUAGUUUCCAAUGGAACGUUCUCCCAUUCUCGUGCCGAAAUAUCCGCCAAUUGCCUCAACGAUAUUCGAACUGGAAUUAUGCCCCUCAUUUCAGCUGUUUCCAUCACACGCUCCAACGACUUCCCCUCUUUCGGAGUCAGCGAGAUCAAAUUUCACUGGUCACUUGUGUUCAGUGUCAAACAAACGCCUGUAAUAUACUGCAAUAUUACCUUCAAAACGUGGCACGUCAACUGUGCUGUGCAGCUGCAUCGCGGAGUUUGUACAUUCGCAGUGGCACCA